AUGGACGAGGACGUCUUGGCCAACUUCACCGCUCACGUUGCCAGUGAUUUCUCGGGCCCCCGGCCGUAUCCCGCACUCGUCAUCCCAUCCGAAGCAUCCCCUGCCACUGACGGCAGCAACCUCGCCGCUUUCAGACAAGGAGGGAUUUACGCCCCGGCUCCCGCUGCCAAAUCUCCUCGCCGCGCCGAGGUAAAGAUGUCGACUUCGUCACCUUCCACCCCUGGAGCCUCGAGUUUGGCAUCCGUCUCGCCCCCUUCCAUCGCCGCGCUGCGCACGCCCACGGACAUCGUCCCAAAUUACCAGGUCAAGGUUGCCGGCGAUGAGCCAGACGUUCGGCACCAUGAGCGCUCGCAUUCGAUGCACGAGCCCGAGAGCUUAGUGCCUUCGACACAGGAUCCAUACCUCAUAGGCGAGCAAGCCGGCGAGCGCGCCAACACGAUCCUCGGCGCACCGGGCUCGAGGAAGCAUGUGCCAAGUCCGACCAUGCGCUCAAAACUACAGGUCAGUCGCGAUAUGUUUGCGUACGCGACGAGAACUAACUUCUGUGAUGGCCAGCAUGACCCUUCAGUAUCAUAUGUACUUCACCUCGUUGUAUUAGCUGUUCUGCAUAUUCACCCUAUUGACGCAAGCGGCAAGUUCUUGUGA